AUGGAUAGAUUCAAACAGCAUUUUGAAAAUCUGGGACAGUCCACCAAUAAGGAAAACGUCCAUAAUUUUGAUCCCAGACUGAUCACCCAUUCAAAUAACGAGGAAAUUAAUACUAGCAUUACAGUAGAGGAGGUUAUGACUGAAAUUAAAAAGUUAAAUAAUAAUAAAGCAGCAGGUGUAGAUUUAAUUAUAAAUGAAUUUCUGAAAAACAGUCGCGAUGAUAUUACAUCCUUUAUUGUACAAUUGUUUAAUAUAGUUUUGGACACUGGUAUCGUUCCUACAUCUUGGACAAUGGGCUGUAUUAAACCAAUUUUCAAGAACACAGGUGACCCUAGUGACCCUACCAACUACAGAGGCAUUACGCUACUAAGUUGUCUAGGCAAAUUAUUUACAGCUGUUAUAAAUGACAGGUUGACAUCUUAUUUGAAUUGUGUGGGUUCCUUGGGUGAAGAGCAAGCACAGGACAAGUUUAUGGUUUAA